CAGUAGCAGGGAAGGAGGAAGAAGGAGAGAGAGAAAGAGAGACAGAGUUAAUUUAACAAAGGGACUAAAAAGUUAAGAGAAAACUUUGGAGGAAUUUCAGGCUGAGGAGUCAGGGGGAAAGACAAAAAGGACACUGUCUGACUGAAAAGUGAGCAGGCACAGAGUCGAGAGAGAGAGAGAGAGAGGCGGUUCAGAAGAGAGCUGGCUGGAUUUGUACGAUGGGCUCUGUGGUGCUCCUCUGUGUCCUUCUCUCGGCUCUUCAUGCCCUGUGGACCCCCGGGGUACGGAGCCAGAGCCUGCCGGAGAGGAACGGCCUCUGCGGCGAGGACGGCUGCUUCGUGGUCUACUUCCAGCGCAAGACCUUCCUGGAGGCCUGGCGGAGCUGCAAGGAGAAAGGGGGCAACCUGGCCACGAUGAAGCUGCCGGCGGAGGCCCGGCAGGUCGAGGAGCUGCUGGCGGGCGCAGUGCGGAGGGGGUCCCGGGCGAAGGUGCGGGUGUGGAUCGGGCUCCAGAGGCAGCCGCGGCAGUGCUCGGCCACCCGGCCCUUGAGAGGGUUUUCCUGGACCACGGGCGACCAGGACACCCAGUACACCAACUGGCUGCGGGAGGACUCGCCCAGUACCUGCUCCGCCCCCCGCUGCGUGGUCACGACCCACAGCACGGCCAAUCACGAGGCGCGGGACAACUACAAGUGGCUGGACGGCUCCUGCUCGCUCCCCGUCGACGGCUUCCUGUGCCGAUUCGUCUACGAAAAGGGGAUGUGCCAGCCGAUCCCGGGCGAGGGCGGGCCCGGGCCCGUGAUGUACAACACCCCCUUCCAGCUGCUCAGCGCCCGGUUGACCCACAUCCCCUUCGGCUCCAUGGCCACCGUGCCCUGCCCGGAUGGCCCCAUGGGCGACCAGUCGGUGCUGUGCGUGGCGAAGGAGGACGGGAUGGCGGGGUGGCACCAGGACGGCCCCUUUUGCACUGAGCCCUCGUCAAAGAGCUGGUGCCAGGAGGACAAUGGCGGAUGUGAGCACCUCUGCGUCGAAGCCAACGACCACUAUUACUGCGAAUGCCCCCCGGAAUUCCGGCUGGCGGAGGACAGGCACAGCUGCAUUCCGUUAAACCCCUGCCGCGACGCCCCCUGCGAGCACGACUGUGUCCAGUUGACGGAGGGGUACCGCUGCACAUGCCGGGGCGGGUUCCAGUUGGCCCCCGACGGGAUCGGGUGCGUGGACGAAGACGAGUGCCUGGACUCGCCGUGCGAGCAGGCCUGCGAAAACCGCCACGGGUCCUACACGUGCCACUGCCACCUGGGCUUCUUCCCCUUGCCCGAGGACCCCGCCCGCUGCCAGGAUGUGGACGAGUGCCAGUUCGAGGAGUCCUGCGAGCAGAUGUGCGUUAACUACAUCGGCGGCUUCCAGUGUCACUGCCGGGAGGGCUACGAGCUGCAGCCGGAUUACUCCUCCUGCAGGGCCGUUCCCGACACCGAUAAGUCCCCGACCGCCGCCCCCUCCUUCUCAUGGGUUACCGAUCUUCCAGAAAAUUCCUGGUUCCCACAGCUCCCCGAGGGUCACUGGCCAAGUGAGACCAUACCUCGGGAAUGGCUGACUGAUCGGCCUCAUCUAGAGGGGUUACCGACCGACCUUACAGGGCCCACAGAUGUGCCUGCGGAACAGGAGAGGGAGCCGGUCAACGUGGAGGAGCCAGGAGAAGGGGUCAGAACAGAAGACCGGGAUAGAGCGGACGAACAUGACAGAUGGGAGCAACCGUACAGACCGGAGGAAGAGGGGAGAGAGGAUGAGAAUGACAGACAGCAGAAGCCCUACAGACCAGAGGUAGAGGAUACAGAAGAAGAACAUUACAGACCACAGGAGCCCUACAGACCGGAGGAAGAGGAUAGAGUGGAUGAGAAUGACAGACAGCAGAAGCCCUACAGACCAGAGGAAGAGGAUAGAGAGGAUGGACAUGACAGGCCACAGGAGCCAUACAGACCAGAGGAAGAGGAUAGAAUGGAUGAGAAUGACAGACAGCAGAAGCCCUACAGACCAGAGGUAGAGGAUACAGAAGAAGAACAUUACAGACCACAGGAACCCUACAGACCAGAGGAUGAGGAUAGAAUGGAUGAGAAUGACAGACAGCAGAAGCCCUACAGACCAGAGGUAGAGGAUACAGAAGAAGAACAUUACAGACCACAGGAGCCCUACAGACCAGAGGAAGAGGAUAGAGUGGAUGAGAAUGACAGACAGCAACCCUACAGACCAGAGGUAGAGGAUACAGAAGAAGAACAUUACAGACCACAGGAACCCUACAGACCAGAGGAAGAGGAUAGAGUGGAUGAGAAUGACAGACAGCAACCCUACAGACCAGAGGUAGAGGAUACAGAAGAAGAACAUUACAGACCACAGGAGCCCUACAGACCAGAGGAAGAGGAUAGAGUGGAUGAGAAUGACAGACAGCAACCCUACAGACCAGAGGUAGAGGAUACAGAAGAAGAACAUUACAGACCACAGGAGCCCUACAGACCAGAGGAAGAGGAUAGAGUGGAUGAGAAUGACAGACAGCAACCCUACAAACCAGAGCUAGAGGAUACAGAGGAAAAACAUUACAGACCGCUGGAACCCUACAGACCAGAGGAAGAGGAUGGAGCAGAUGGACAUGAUAGACCACAGGAGCACAACAGACCAGAGGAACAGGAGAGAGAGGAUGACAAUGACAGACAGACAGUUCACAUCUUGCAGGAGAAGGAGGUGCAACAUGAACUUGAAGGGCCUGAUGGGUCAGAUGACAAGGGUGCGCAAAGCUGGGCCCCUCUGGAUCAACUGGCCCUCACAACUUCACCGAGCGCCACCUCCACUCCUGAUUCAUACGAGUAUUCAGAGGAGGGCAUCGACCAAUUGGAGACACCACCUCCUUUGCCCGAGGAAGCCGAACCCUCCUGGGACCCUACCUCUAGUCCCCAGACGGACGGCGUGGUUAUCUCUGAUGAGGGAUAUGGAGAUGGAGACGGAGACAAAGACGGAGACGAAGCAGGCCCAGACCCCCACACUCCAGAGCCCAGCACCGAAGGCCCUCCAGAGAGUGGCAGCAACAAACAGCAGGGCAACAGGUGGCUGCUCAUAGCCCUCCUGGUGCCCCUCUGCAUCUUCCUGGUGGUGAUGGUGGUGCUGGGGAUUGUCUAUUGUACCCGUUGUUCUGCCCGGGCCCGCAGCAAGAACAAUAAAGACUGUUAUCACUGGAUCUCCGGUGCCAAUGACAAAGCAGGCUCCCCUGGAGCUGCCAAGGUAUAGAUAGCCCAGGCCUGGCUGGUGGUGAAGGUUGCUCAGAAAACUGUAUUUUUAAAUUGGGGGGUAGGGGGGGAAGGAGUCCUGGACAGAUCAUCUGCCACUUCAACAUGCAUUGGAAUGUAUUACAGGAGGAUUCCCAGAGAAACCACUGACACUUUUGGUCUUUGGAUGCUUUGUCGUCCGUUGAAACGGCGUUAUUGGGCUAAAAGCGGAGUUGAUAGCUCUUAAAAGUUGUAUUCUGUAAAGUUCUUUAUAGAUUCUCUGCUAACGGCACAUUUAAAUAGGGCCAUUUUCGCUCAGAGAAUAUAAAACGUCAUAAAAAUGUGGCGUCAGUUACAAUGAUUUGAGGACAUCUAAUGUAUCAGUUUACCCCUUUGAGUCUUACUAAAAUUCCAAAUAUUUUUCUAUUGGAUUUUAAGCCUUGUGGCUGUUGCCUUGAUUUCUAUUUUACAGAGAUUAUUUGUAGUCUUGUACAUCUUUCUGAUUGAUGCACUUGUAUUGGAAAAGUGUCCAUACAGUAUAUAAUGCAUAACUUCCUAAAUGUACUGUAUAUAUGUAUGUAUGAGUGUUGGAGAGUGAGUUUGUGAGUGUGUGCAAGAGUGUGUACAGACAUUGUCAUUGAGCCAUGUGUUCUGUGAUUGAACAGAAUGAAAGCCUACAAUGCAUGAUUUUAUGAAGUGUCAUUUGAUGGCUGGUGAUUAGACUGUAAGCCAAAGAAAAAUAAAUUAUACCCCCUAGUUAUCAUUGUGUUUGUAAGGCUUAGGAGAGAAGGAGCUAAUUCCAACCGGACCUGGAAUUUCAUGGUACUUUAGGGACUUCAUUUUAUGGGGUCAGCAGUGAGUCUAAAUGUUAUGUACAAACUUUCAUAGCAUCCUUCUAUUCCCAUGCCCUCAUCGUUGGAGAGAGCUUGCCCUUCUGAUAUGCUGCAGCAGCGCCCCCUAGAAACAUUCAUGUGUUACUGCAAGCUGUGCACAAAACAGGGGGUGAUGCUGUUCAUUGCAUUGGCUCUUGGGAAUUCUUGGGAGUUUGCCUGAGAAGAAUGUAAUUGAGUUGGAUUACUCCCUGAAAUUGUCUCCAAAUAUGCUUAUUUUCUUUUAUGUUUUACAUGAUUUGAGAAAAUGCAAACAAAAACCCUGUUUUUGGUUUCAGUGGCUAUAUCUUCAGUUAGUGUAACCAGAAACAAAGUAAAUACAUUUAUAACAUUGUUACUGAAUGUUUAAUUUAACGUUUGAUGCAUUUAAUUAUAAUUGUAUUUUGUCAUAGCCUACAAUAACAGUGGCUAAAUAAUAUCAUUUCAGCAGAGUAUCAAUGAGCCAUCCCUAAUCUGGAUGAAACUUUCAAAGAGAAAAAAGAAUAUCAAGUAAAAUCAAAGUUGGGGGAUCAGCUGGAACCACGCUGGCCUUACAUUGGUAAUUGCAGAUGUAGAUAUUUUUUAUAUCAGUGUAGAUAUCUUACAGCUAGUACUUCGCAGCAGACUUUACCCUGCAAAAUCUGUAGGGACACUUCGACAGGCCAAAUGUGAUUACUGAUUGCCUUGAUCCACACAUUUGUUAGUUUGUGUACUGUGGAGGACUGAAGAUCAGACAGUUUUGUGUUAAACAAGUAUUGAGGAAUAUCACUGCAAAUGUAAAGUCAAAACUCUCCUUUUCACUGUUUUGUUUUCUAUCUUUUUUUGAAGGGGGUGGGAGGUAUCAGUAUUGCAUUGAAAUAUCAGGUUGUGGUGGGGUCACAGUUUGUCCAAUAUAUUCAAAUUUGUUUCAAAUGUAUUAAAUGUCUAUUGAAAGAACAUGGUACACUUCCCAUUCCUUUGAUUCCUACAAUAAUUCUGCAAUAAACACCACAUGUAAUUACAGUAGCUGCAUGAUGAAAGAAAGUUUUAAUUGUAUUUCAUUGGUGAAAUUGGUGAGCUUAAAUGAGACUGAAGAACUGUAAAUGGUGGACGAAAAACACUUGAGGAAUAAGAGUUGGAAAAAAAGAAGGUGAGACAAAUACGUAAAUAACCAUACAGUUAUCAUGCUAUCAUGGAUUCCGACAGUGAGGUGACAUCUAAUAUUUUGUGUAAUAAUUUAUUUAAAAUGAUUACAAUUUAUCAGGAAAUGCAUUUGUAAACAAGUGACACAGUGGCCCUGCGAUAAGUGUACAGGAAAAGAAUGUCAUUUUCAGAAACCAGCCUUAAUGAUUUGUGAAUACAAUUACAGAAUGCUUCUUCUAUGGUUGCUGCUUGCUUACUGUAUUUGGUGACAUCAGAACUCAAGCAGAUGCUUAAUUAACAUUGAUGAUCACAGGACAACACAAUGAUGAUCUUGGGGGAAUGAUAUUGAAUUCCCCUCAAUAAACUGCUUCAAAUGGUUAUUUUAA